AUGGCUGAGUCGCUGCGGGAGGAGCCGCCAGGUGGGCCGGAGUCGGAGGCCGAGCUGUCGCAGCGGCUGGCCCACACGAAGGCCCGCUCGUACGGCAGCACGGCGAGCGUGGCGGCGCCGUUGGCCGAGCGUUACGUGGAGCACCGGCUCAGCGCCGGGGAUACGCUACAGGGCAUCGCCCUCAAGUACGGUGUCACGAUGGAACAAAUAAAGAGGGCAAAUAAACUGUUCACAAAUGACUGUAUAUUUCUGAGGAAAACCUUGAAUAUUCCUGUUAUAUCAGAGAAACCAUUACUGUUCAAUGGACUUAAUUCACUGGAGUCUCCUGAGAAUGAAACUGUUGACAGCUCCCCUUCUUGUGAUGAAGGACUAGUGACAGUUCAGGAAGAAAGUAGUUCUUCUCCCAGUCCUCAAGAGCCUGACAAUCAGCCCACCGCACCAGAAGAACUAUCUGCCAAAGAUUACCUACAGAGGUUGGACUUGCAGAUUAAGUUAUCCAAACAAGCAGCCAGAAAACUAAAAGAUGACAAUGUCAGACAGGAGGAGAAUGAGGAAGGCCCCUAUGCAACUUCUUCAUAUCACCAGUAGAAGACAGAUGUGAUGGCCUGAAAACUUUCCAUGAAAUCAGUUCUUAAAGAACUAAAUGGUCAAUAAUUGAAAACCCAAGUCUUUUGGACUCAUUGUCUUGAUGUACUUAAGUCAUGAAUGGGUGAUUGCACUGAAAUUAUGACCUCUUCUGCCUUCCAUAGGUUAAUGUCCUUAUGCUAUAUGGACAAAGGGUUUAAGCCUUCCAAAACUAGCAAUGGCCUUUUUACCCCUUCUGUGCAAACUGUAGCAUGGUAGCAACAAUAUAUCCUUGAGGUCACCUUUAAGCAGGAUGUUGAUCUUUAGUAAAGAUUUUGUAAAUACUUGUGAAAUUUGUUUUAAGUAUUUAAAAAUAUUAAGUAAGUUUGCUUGUAAAUGACAAACUAUGAAAAUAAUAGAAAUUUACUUAUUCUGCAAACGCAGGCAGAUUUGCUGUGGAAGUUUUGUCUACUUCAGGGCUGCAGAACUUGCCUCUGAACUCUGUGUGUGUGUGUCUGUGUGUGGUUUUGAUGUAUUCCUAGAAAGGGGAAUUUGAGUUGUUUUGAUUUAUUAAAGCCUUUGUGGAUAAACAACUGUUUGCAAAUUGGAUUUCUGCUAAUAAAAGGAAAGAGUUACAGCAAGAGACUUUGUGAGAUAUGACAUUGGAAUAUCAGAUGUGUGUCCCUGUGUGCAGUUAAAUUUU